AUAAAUAACCUCACUGUGGACCCAAACUGCACACUCUAGGCUUCAUCAUGCUGGGGGAGAGCGUUCUGUUGAGUUGCCUUGCACUAGGACUCUGUGCAGUGGCUAACUGGAAUACAACUACCCAGGAGCUACACAAAAAUCUGAAUUUAAAAAGAUAUCAUUCCAAGAUGAGAAUGGUUGGCCAGAGCUGCAAAGAAAUUCAAGAGACAUUUAAGGUGAAGGAAGAUGGCAUUUACUUCCUCAUCACCGAGAGUGGAGUCGUCUAUCAGACCUUCUGUGACAUGACCACAGAUGGUGGGGGCUGGACUCUGGUGGCCAGUGUUCAUGAAAAUGACAUCCUGGGAAAGUGCACCCAAGGGGACCGCUGGUCAAGUCAGAACGGAGACAACCCUGAUAAGCCAGAGGGUGACCAGUCCUGGGCCAACAGGGUCACCUUUGGAACAGCAGACGCUGCUACAGAUGAUGAUUACAAGAAUCCUGGGUACUAUGACAUUCAAGCCAGGGAUGUUUCCGUAUGGCAUGUUCCCAAUAAUGAGGAAUCAGGACUUUGGUCCAACUCCUCUUUUCUGCGCUACCACACAGAGACACAUUUCCUUAAAACCUACGGAGGAAAUCUUUAUCAUUUAUUCAAGCGCCACCCUGUGAAACAUGGAAUGGCAGAAUGCAAAGGAGGCAGUGGAAUCCCUAUCCCUGUGGUAUACGAUAAGGGGGAUGAGAAAUCUACAGGCCAGCUCUAUGGACCUGCAGCAAGAGCUGAAUUUGAACCAGGCUUUAUUACCUUCAGCGCGUCCAACAGUGAAAAAGCACCGGUGGCCAUCUGCUCUGGCGUCAAGCCAACUGGAUGCAAUCCUCAAUAUUACUGUAUUGGUGGAGGGGGAUAUUACCCAAUUGGCGCAUUAGUGGCAUGUGGAGACUUCAAUGCUUUUGACUGGACCAUAUUUGGUGGGGCUGGACAACACAAGGCAUCACAGAAGAUGAUAGAUGCGGCCAUGCUUUUAUUCUACCGCUGAAAUACGAAAUUGUGGCAUGUAUCAAUGCUAUAUUUUAAUAAAAAAAAUAUAAUAGCA